AUGGUGGGCAGAGGAUGUGCAAAGACUAUCGCGAAUGAGCGUGCAGCCCGAAUUAGAGCCACCAAACAGCGCGUCUUCAUCUCCGGUCUAAAGGGUGACCACACGCUCGAAACAGGUGUCGCGUACCACUACCGAGGCCACUUCAUUUAUGCCUAUCCGGCCGGUAACCCAAUUGAGCCAGUGCCCUUCUCGACCAAAAAGGGCAUCAACAUCGUCGGAGUGGUUCAAGAUCAAGCUCCGUUCUACGAAUCCCAAAACUCAGAUCUUGUGUCUGAAAACACUGUUGCUGCUUUACAGAGGUCAUGCAUUCACGAGUGGGAAUGGCAGCAGGAACAAGAGAAGAGCAAGAAGCAAGAAACGAACGAAGCGCUAGAAGAGGAGAAAUCUGGAAAGAAGAAGAAGGAUAGCACGGCCGAGACUGAGGCUGUGGCAGGCAAUGCAAAGGAGAUUGAUGCCGCUUCAACACCCGAGGCAAGCGCGCAGGACCCGUUACCCAGUCAGGCUCCUUCACGUGUCCCGUCAUUCACGACACUGCUAGUACCCUCACAAGUAUCUUCGAACAUCGGCUCACGUCCCACCUCUCGCCCUCGACCAGUACCGCCUCACCGCACUUCAUCCUCCUCAACCAACGUCCCACGCAUCGGCGCCGUCGAAGCUCCUCCCACCACCAACUACACUCCGCAGACCUUCUUCCCGGUAACAAGCUACACACCGCACGACCGCGGCCACUACCUCGCCUACUCCGCUCCAGGUUCCCGCAACGCCUCCGUAGACAACACACCCUUUAUCUCACGCCCUGUAUCGCCAACCCACCGCCACGGUCUGAGCGUCCGCAGCGGACAGAACCAUGCCUCGCUCCGAUCCAUAGCGAGCACCUCGCGUCUGAAUCAACUUCUGGCCGCAGAAGGGAUCCGGCGAUCACUGAGCCCCCUCGCAGAUUUUGCAGGAGGUGGAACUGGAAGUGCAUCUCACCACCCUCCCCAAUGGCAGGAAGAAGAUAUGGGAGCCAACCUCUCCGUCUCACAGGGCUGGAUGCAUCCCGAAGACAUUUCCGCUUUCGUAGAAACUGUUUCACGCCGUCCAACUCCAUCGCCAUCCCGACUUUCGUCACGCUCGCACACGCGGAGCAGGUUUCGUAGCUGCAGUCCACGAGAUACUUCACCCGAUGAUGGUGGUGAGAGUGGUUUGUAUCUCCACGGUCUGGGUCAUCCAGACGUGAUUCGUAAGUCGAGGGCUCAGACUAGGGAGAAUAGUCCGUUCCGUGCACCGGACUAUCGGUCCCAGGAGAGUGCGGUGUAUUUAAGGGGGUUGGCGCAGAGGGAUUACGAGACGGGUGAUACGGGGUAUGAGUUGAAUGCUCCGGCUAGACAGGAUGAUGGUGGGUAUCCUGCGAGCACUGUUCAGCGCGAUACUUCGUCAUCGAGGGCGCAGACUCCCAUCGGUCAGGCACCUGCCGGUCUACGCGGAGGCUCAGGUCAGCAGCGCGACAUCACACCCGCAUUCAGCUUUCCAUCGGCCCGUCAGCCAGAAACAUCCUCUUUCCCCGCGUUCAUGGACCCCGUUCCGUCUCCCAGCUACAUUGUACAGGCCGAGAAGAAACCUAUAAACACCGGUCGACCACGCGCCGCUUCAAAAGCCCUAAACGAAGCUUACAACGCCGCGAACCCAUCAUCAACACCUCGACCUGUCUUCUCGUUCCCCUCACCCGACGAGCAGAAGGAAGGCAACAAUACCAGCGUCGAUGCCGAUGUUGGCGUCAAUACCGGGAACGCGGUAUUCACCGCCCGUUGUCCGAUCCAUUCAGAGUCAUGCAACGGUCAGGAUGUAGUGCAUACAUACAUCACGGAGCGUGCUAGAAAUGGUGCUGGAUUCAAGGAUUUGUUUCCGACGAUUGAGUGUGAGGAUGGGAGAGUGAUGGUAAAUUGGGCGAGGAUGAAGGAUGAGGAGAUGGAGAGGCUGAGGGGAUGAAGUGAAGUCAGCUGAUGGAGUUCAUCGACUACACUGCCAUGGAAAGUAUUGAAGGAAGGAGCGAUGUGGUAAUGGAAUGGAACAUAUGUGGAAGGGAAAACACACUGUACGAUACAUACACACACGAACGAGACGAAAACUGGAUAGUAGCAGGCCAUGUACGGACCUCAUUUCAGUAUAGACAUACAAAGAAACAGAUACCGAUAGUGUAAGGAAACAAAAGCCAGCGAUUAUGAUGCCGACAUAAAAGAAAACGGCUUGCUGACAUGCGCAGACAACACUGGGAUUGUACUUAUCC